AUGGAUCCUUGUGUGGGGAACAAGUUCCGGAUCGGUCGCAAGAUCGGCAGCGGAUCCUUUGGAGAGAUUUACCUAGGUUUGCUUCUUUUCGUUUUAAUUCAAUCCUCUUCUUUCACGUUUUCUCUCGUGUUGGUGCAAUCUGAUCAAUUCUGAAUUCUCAUUGGCUUCUGCGGAUUUUUGAGGCGUUCUUCGUUUUUCAGGGACAAAUAUCCAGACGAACGAAGAAGUCGCCAUUAAGCUCGUAAGUUCGUUUGUUCCCUUUUCUGUAUCUCAGAAUCGUCUUCACCGAGCACAAUGAAAACCUUUUUGGCUGAAAUUCCUUUUCUUGUGGACCACGUUCCUUCAUUUUUCUGUUCGUUUUCUUUGAGAAAUCCCACCUGCGUGGGUCAUUUAUUGUCUGGUUUAUGAGGCAUAGGUUUCCCUCUCGGUUUGACCGAAAUUUCUGCCCUAGUUUUGGCAAAUAUCCUUGGAAGGUGGUGAAAUGCCUCAUUUUACUGAAAACAUGAAUGAUGGGAUUAAUAGGUUACUCAUUUUCUGGAGGAGGACCAAUCCCAAAACAGACAUCAGGACUCGUGAGUGUCAAUGACAGACAUUACUUCCCAGUAUUAAAACUUUCUCAUCCCAUUACAAGACUCUCAAUUGAAUCAGAAAAAUGCACGUCUUUAUGAAUUUCAACUACCUUUCAGUCUACCUCUGUGGAAAAGACGCACGGAUAACCUAAACGAGUUAGAAAUUAGUGGUGGACUAGUGCUUGGGCCGUAAAGUGGUAGGCCACCAGUAAACCGAUAUCCGUGUGGAUGUGAGGGCACCCGUCGUUCCCAAUCCCGCAUCUACCAAGCUCCUUUUAGACAGUAUUCUCCCACCCAUGGCUAUUUGUGCACUUAAAUAGCGUCCAUUUCCAUCAAUCCGCAUGUAUUGUUGUCAUCCGGAAGCUUCUCGUUCUUGAUGUGCAGUCAUUAUUGGUUUAUUACAACGAGGAUGUUAGCAGCCCAAAUUUAACCUACAUUUCAAGGACAUAGCUUACAUCACGGCAUACAGAUGUGGCCUGUGCGUAAGUCACAAAAAGACAUCAACAGGUGAGAACUGAAGGGAUCUGGACCGGGUAAGAUGAUUCCGCGCUGAAUGUGAAGGAGUCGAGUCGAUCCCAAUCAUGCUGGUUAGGUAUUCUCAAGCCUCUCCUGAACUCGAUUCAGACUAAUAUCAGCCUGGCCUUGUCCUGGUUUGGGCCUGAAAUGUUAGGUCUGUGGUGUCUUUGGACCUCUGAGAUGUCCUAUCAUAUUUGCCAAUUCCACGAAGACAGAUUGUGGAGGAUUUUGUUAAUGCUACAGAUGAACCUGAAACUAUGUAGCUGAACAGAAUGAUAAUCUUCCCAGGGCUUAUGUUUUACCAUCCACUUAAGAAAACUCCAUGUAUACUGAUAGGUUGUCCAGAGUGUGUCCUUUUCUUGUUGCGAGUACACAAGAACGCAAGGCUGAUAAGACAAUACUAUCGGUGUCUUAACAGAAAGAGCGGCUAAGCUUCUCUUUUUCUUGGAGGUGGUGGGGGUUGAGGGUGAAUGACGUAGUUGGUGACAAAACUGUGCUGCAGUGCAAAAACCAGAUGCCGAGUCUGUAUGACUAGACAAAUCCGCUUAGGUGACGGUAAACAGUUACCAUCUUUCACGACCUUCUUUGCCAUGGGGAAUAAAAUCCUUGAUUUCAUCAGGCACUCAUCGCCCCUGCAACUGGGUGGGAUUUGGUGCCUUGUUUCUUCUGAGGAAGUGAGUGAUUUUGAGUGAGAUGUGGGCUUUGAAUCUUACAUCAUUAGAUGCGGCCAGGAACUUGGUAUCUAGUUUUGCUUUUCUUUAUUUUUAGCAAUGCGUUUGUCUUCUCUCCUUUGUAAAGCUUAGCACCUGGACCAGACAUGCCUGUUCCUGGUCGGGAUCAUUGGGCUGACCAGUGGGAAGAGCAGAUUUGUCUCGAAGAGCCUAAAAGUUUUAACAUCGCAAUCAUACCAAGAAAACAUACUCUUAUUUACUUAAAAUAUAUAAAAUAAUAAAUUUAAAAAGGGGUAUUUAUGGAAAAAUCAGUACCAAUGCAAGAAUGUUAUCCAUACUUCCAUUAAUGUCCUUUCUAACGCUUUGUUCUUCAGGUACUGAGCACCUUUAAAUGUUCAUAUUGCCUAACUGAUUGUUUCCAUUUUUCCAGGAAAGUGUCAAAACCAAGCAUCCUCAGUUGCAAUAUGAGGCGAAACUGUACAAAAUCCUACAAGGAGGAAGUAAUGAACUGACACAAUCGACAUUUGAUAGAUAUUUUGAUCAAUUACUUCCCGCGGUGAAGUCAGUUUCUUCUUAAUUUUUCAGCUGGCAUUCCGAACGUGAGAUGGUAUGGUGUUGAACUUGAUUAUAACGUUCUCGUCAUGGACUUACUGGGACCAAGUCUCGAAGAUCUUUUCAACUACUGCAACAGGAAAUUGUCUCUGAAGUCUGUCCUCAUGCUCGCAGACCAGAUGGUACACCUUUUAGUUCUUGACUAGCAUUUGAUUCGCAAAUCUUUUCUGCAUAAUGACACUCCAGAGUUGCAGAAUUUCUUUUCAUUGUUCAUAUAUUUUUUGUGUUUAUUUCAGAUUAAUCGAAUUGAAUUUAUUCAUUCAAAAUCUUUUCUGCAUCGAGAUGUAAAGCCAGAUAAUUUUCUCAUGGGACUGGGAAGGCGAGCAAACCAGGUAUUGUCCCAGCUCAGUUUUCUUGUUGACGUUGUUCAUAGAAGAGUGAGUCCGCUAAAACAGAAUCUGGUACACUGCAGGUAUAUGUCAUUGACUUUGGCCUCGCAAAGAAGUUUAGAGAUUCAACCCAUCAGCACAUUCCAUACAAGUAAGUUAAAUUUCUUUCAAUUUUUAUUUUAUUUCCAUUUGAAAUAAAAUGCAUUUGGUUCCAUAAUUCUCGGAGUUAAAACUUUCGGGGAGGAAUACUGGUUAUUCUAUAUAUUCAGAUUAAUCUCCACAAUGAGUGCUCGCCUCUCAUAGUUGGCCAUUGUAAAAGUGAGAUUUAUAUCGGCACAUUGUUCGAAUCAAAGUGCUAUAUGAUUGUUGUGGUAGCGAUUCUACUAAAGACUCUUACUGCCUUCCAGUGAAGUGAAAAAAUGUACAAUAAUCACUCGGAGAAAUUAAAUUUACAGGUUCCACUGAUCUUCUUGAGGCGUAACUUGGUUUUAAUUGCAACAUAUUUCUCUAAUUGUUCGUCGAUCUUCCAUUUCUAUGGUCAUCGCCGAUGUUUAGUCAUUUAUGCUCUUUCAUCUGUGGACUUACAACAUGGCCUUAACUAUUACAGAGAGAACAAGAGUUUGACUGGGACAGCAAGAUAUGCCAGCAUGAACACUCAUCUCGGAAUCGGUAGGUCAACCUUGACCUCAAAACUAUUUUCGGGUUAAUUCCAUGCGAAACAUAGAUGUUACUAGGCAUUUUAAAGUCGUAUAUAUAAUGUAAUGUUUACUCUAAGGCCUUCCAUUUUCAUCCUGCUGACCGCCCUUAUUUGGAUUUCCAAGAACAAAGCAGGAGAGAUGAUCUGGAGUCCCUUGGAUUCGUUCUCAUGUAUUUCUUAAGAGGAAGGUUUGGUCCUUCCCCUAAUCAAUCUCGCUUCAUAUUAUCUCUCUAAGCGCUUCGUAUUAUCUGGUCUUACCUUUCCCUUUGUUUUCUCAAGCCUGCCUUGGCAGGGACUUAAAGCAGGAAAUAAGAAGCAGAAGUAUGAGAGAAUCUGUGAAAAGAAGGUCUCUACCUCCGUUGAGGUAAUAAUAAACCUCUCUCUCUCUCUCUCUCUCUCUCCCUCUCUCCCUCUCUCCUUCUCCCUCUCCCUCUCCCUCUCCCUCUCCCUCUCCCUCUCCGUUUGUCUCUCUCCGCUCCCCCCUCUCUCUCUCUCUCUCUCUCUCUCUCUCUCUCCCUCUCUCUCUCUCUCUCUCGUUCUCUCCCUCUCUCCCCCUCUCCCUCCCCCUCUCCCUCUCCCUCUCCCUCCCUCUCUCUUUCUCUCUCUUUCCGUUUGUCUCUCUCCUCUCCCUCCUAUCCCUCCUCUCCCUCUCCCCCUCUCCCUCUCCCUCUCCCUCUCCCUCUCCCUCUCCCUCCCUCUCUCUCUCUCGCUCUUUCCGUUUGUGUCUCUCCUCUCCCUCCUCUCUCUCUCUAUCACUCUCUCUCCCUACCUCUGGGGAAAGUGUAUGAAGCUCUCUCAUGGGUAUUUUCUUUGCAGGCUUUAUGCCGUGGAUAUCCUAUGGAAUUCACAACGUAUUUUCAUUACUGUCGCAACUUACGCUUUGAGGACAAACCAGACUACCCGUACCUGAAAAGAUUAUUUCGUGACCUUUUCAUCCGAGAAGGUAUGAUUUAGUGAAUAGCUACUGCCUCCGUCUUGGUGCCCGAAUCAUCGCUGAUGCUGAAUGCCCAAUGCAGGUUUUCAGUUUGAUUAUGUGUUUGACUGGACGAUAUUGAAGUAUCAGAAAUCUCAUGGCACCGGCGCAUCCCAGCAUGGCCUCGCUGUGAGUGCAUCUAUCAGUACAGAUCCCCUCUCUCUCUCUCAUCCGUUGACUUUCUACUAGAUAAUAUAUCCUUUUUUCUUUUUCUAGGACUCUGUCCCUGGACAGAGCUCUGCCAUGGUGCCUCCCGUCACCACCACCAAUCGACCAUCAGGUACCGAUUACAGUUAGAAAAAACACCCAUUGAUCUCAGAGAUGGGCACGAUCCUCCUCUUUAUAAUCUCCUAAGGAAACAUCACGGGUUCUUCACGACGAACAUCUAUCCCCUUCCAAAAGGUUCUUCUUCUUCUUCUUCUGAUGAUGAUGAUAAUGGUGGUGGUGGCGGUGAUUGUAGGCCUGACAGGCGGAGAAGAUUGGAGGAGGAGGGUCGACAGGCCCGGAACGGACGCCGCUCAGUUCCCCAAUCGCCGGGUCUCAGUCCCUGCUUUCGGAGGCGCGACUACGACAGGGCACAUCUUCACGGCGAGCGAUCAAAAGGAGGACGGGGUUAGAGCUCUGGCCGUAUCCUCAUUUUCUCGGUCUAAAAUUCCUCGCCUCUCCGCUUCUCUGAUCUCCAUUUCCUCCCCCCGGCGGGGCGUGUAGCUUCCUGGUUCAUCCUCCAUGGUGCGGCCAAGCGCGCACGCCAGGCGGCUCCCCGAGAAGAACGUGGCGGCAGGCGGUAGUGACUUCUCGCGUGUCGUCGCUGGUACCUCUGGCGCCAGCGGCAGCGGCGCUGGAGCUUCCCUUAGAGUCUUUGGUGUGCAGGGGAGCUCUCAGGCGGGGACGACGACGACGACGGCGGCGGCGGCGGCGGCGGUGGCGGCGGCUGCGACAGCGGAGCCCCGCCGUGCCGUCGGCGGGCAGCCGGGCGGCGCCAAGGCGUAUGAGACCACUCUCAAGGGCAUGGAGUCCCUCAAUUUCAAUGGGGACGAGAGGGUGAGGUACUAG